AUGUUAUAUCUAUAUGUUGUAUCUAUCUAUGUUCAUUAUCUAUCUAUUUCAGUAUUCUCUCUUCUUUCUUUUUUAUUUCUUUUUUAUAUUCUUUCUAAAUCUCAAAUUUUAAGCCCUUCUUUUUUCUUUUCUUGUCUUAUUUUUUUCCUGUGUUCUGAUAUCUAUUCUUUCUUUCGCAAAUUUUUUUUCUUUUUUUUUGGAUUUGUCUACAUUAAUCUUCUUUAUCUUUUCUUCGAUAACUAUUCUUUCUUUCUUUCUUUUUUUCUUUCUUUCUUUUUUUAUUCUUUUCUUCCAUUUUUCUUUUUUAUUCCUUCUUUCUUUCUUAUUUCCUUUUUUCUUCCGGUGAUUCUUUUCAUUUCUUCAAUAUCUAUUCUUUCUUUUUUGUUCAAAUCUUUAUUUUUUCUUUCUUUCUUUAAUACUUUCUUCAUUUUUUUUUUUUCGAAAUUAUCCUUUCACACCAUUCCUUUUCUUUUCAUAUUGCUCCUUGUCACAUUUGUUCCUUUUUAUGAUAUCUUUGUGUCUUUCUUUUUACGAUGUUUCUUUUGUUUCUACGAUGAUGUCCCUUCUUUCUUUCUUUCUUUCUUUCUUUCUUUCUUUCUUUCUUUCUUUCUUUCUAAGAUAUCUCCCGUUUCUAAUUUCAUUUCAUUCUUUCUUUCUUUAAUUCUUUCUACAAUGUCUCUAUUAUUUCUUUCUUUUUACAAUAUCGUUCUUUCUUUCAACGAUGUCUCUUCUUUCUUUUGA